AAUUUUCUGACGUAUUUUUGUUGACUUGUUUCGAAAUAAACGCUAGCGGCAAUUUGUUUCAGAUAAUUUUAGAAAAAUUGUAGUUUUACAAGAAGUUUUACGAGCUUGAGAAUUGAGUGGAGGUGUACGUUAAAGGAGUGAAAAAAAAACAAUCAAAAUGCAACGAAGUUUGACGCAGUCCAAAGAAGCCCUGCUCAAAUCCUAUAACACUCGCUUAAAAGAAGAUGUUCGCAGUAUGCUGGAGAAUUUCGAAGAAAUCGUGCGACUUGCGAAGGGAGAAAACGAAACCCAAUUAUCAAAAAUGACACAGUGCGAGCAAGAUACUUAUGAAAUGCAAGUUCGGGCCUCAAAUAUAGUGCGUGCCGGUGAAUCUCUGAUGAAGCUUGUGUCCGAUAUCAAGCAAUACCUCAUAUUGAAUGACUUUCAUUCGGUAAAUGAUGCUAUAUGCAGCAGCUCUCAAUUGUAUCGCAAUACUCAGCUCGAUCGAGAUACAAAACUCAUGGCGGUUCGAGACGACAUGGCAGCAGAUUUGUACGAUUUGGAAGAAGAAUACUACACUAGCAUGUAUAAAUAAAGGAUAUUGAAUAGUAUUUAUAAUAUAUAUUUUUCUGUGA